AACUUGACGAAGUUCAUGAAGCGAUACAUGAUCCAGACUUUGUACACAGACGCAUGGGACCUCGGUACAUUCUACAUCGGUCAGCAGUUAUUCCUGGGGGUGUCUCAACUUGGCAGCAAAAGCUUUGUGGUCUACAAAUGGCGACGAGUAGAAAACAAGAGCAUAUUCUUCAACUUCCAAGUCCUCAAAGUUGCCAAUGCUCGCAAAUGGCAGCCGUUCAGGAUCGGAGGCGAGCAAUACUUCGCCGUGGCUAGCAACUCCAGGAACUUCGAUUCCCCGGUCUUCAAAUGGGUGGAUAACCAGUUUGUGCCUUUCCAAACUCUCCAAACCAAGAAAGCAUCCGACGUGGAGCCCAUCUUCAUCGGCAAAGACGUGUUCCUGGCAGUGGCCACCUUUUAUGGACCUUAUUCGCAUAUCUUCAAGUGGAAUGGGGAGAAGUUCACGAGGUACCAGAGUAUUGUGGCGGCGGGGUCCGACCUGGAGACCUUUACUAUAGAUGGCGGGGUUUUCCUAGCGAUUACUGGUCCCGCUUCUCGAGGUCCUUACGCGACCAUUUACAAAUGGAGCGGCUCAAGAUUCGAGAUGUUCCAGCGGAUGUACACAGAAGAGCGUGCGUAUGGCCUGAAGUCAUUAAAGGUUGAGGGAACACCAUAUUUGGCAGUGGCCCGGUGGGGCGCGGACUCGUCGCUGAUAUUCCAGUGGAAUGGGACCACAUUCAACGAGUUCCAGAGAGUUCCAUCUAAAAGGGCACGUGAUUGGGUGAGCAUUACCUCGCCAUAUAUGGGUAAAAAGAGAAGACGUACCUUGCCAUCAUCAGCAGUGGCCUCGAUCCCGUGAUCUACGCCUGGGACAAGUAUCACUCUAGAAAGUUCGCCAAGGUCCAGUCCAUCUCUUCCGCACGGACACGUGACAUGACGUUCUUCAUUAUGGGAGAGAGGGUCUACCUCGCGGUCGCCUCACACCGGAGCACUGGGAUCUACCAAGGCUCGUGAACGCGUGACCUCGCGUGAAACCACCACGCAAUACAUGUGACAAGAUGUAACGCUAGCGGCGUAUUUGCUCUGUUAGAGCGGAGAUUGAUUGACAUGUAGCGUCAGACAUUCAACUUCCAAGGCUCGUGAUUGUGUGACGUGCGGGUUUGAGCGGGUUUUUUGUCACGAGGACUUGGCCUUCUUUUUCAGACACCACUUUUUCUAAAUAUGGUGAUCACGCAAUCUAAACGUCAAGCAACACAUCAGAUUAAAUAUCAGGAUCUAUACAACAAUCCUCUUGUUUGUAUUAGUAAAUAUAUGUAACGGCUGUAAUUACACGUUUUGUAUCACUAA